GAUUUUACGGUGAUCCCACCGAUGCAAAGCCCUGUUAUCACAGUUGCAGUGGUAGGGUGCUAAUUGUUGGAAGACAGGGUUUCUUUGGUUCUCCUCCAGAUUUGGGCUCGUCCUUCUUGUCAUCUAGAAAACGACAGCAAAUGAUGCAACAAAGAAAUACCUCUUUUGUGCAUGUGGAGCACUGCCUAUGGAUUAUUAAGGGAGAAGAUUUUCUCAAGCCGUCUUCGCUUCCCUUGGCAUCCGGUGAAGAAGACGACAUUGAUGAUGAGACCCAACAAGUGCUUCAACCACGUAUGGCAGGGCUUUUAAUAACGAUAGAGCCAGGCCUUGAUAUACCCUGCUCGCACAAUACCCUUGCGAUACAUAAAGGUUAUUCCGACUUUGGAGUUAAUGGGAAAGCGGUUCCUCUAGUAGCCGCAAUUUGCAGUGAAAAGGAAGAUCGAGAUCGACGAACAACAAGUAAUCCAACAAUCAUCCCGGUUGAAGGAACUGUUGCAACCAUUGUUCUAAAAUAUGCUAGAAUGGGGUCUACCAAGUUUAGCUUCAAUGGUUCUUUCAAAGUUCUUACCGAAGAUCAAAUGGAGCAUUUAGCUUUCGGUACAUCGCCGUUUAGUCGAAACAGUGCCACAAGCGGGGGACCUUUCAAUGUUUCCAGUUUAUAUGACGGGACAUCUCCCUCUCUGUCAGUGCUCAGUAGAUAUGGCCACAGUCUUCACGUCGAUCAGAACAACUUGUGGGUUUUUGGCGGUUACUCUUUAUCUCACGGGGCUCUUGAUGACAUUCGGGGCUUUAGCAGAAAAUCAAACUCGUGGGUGCCUCUGACCAUAACAGUUCAACAAAAUGAAGAAGCAGUGCCACCCGCUCGUUACUUUCAUGGAGGUGUUAUUGACCCACAUCUAAUGAUUUUUAUACACGGCGGAAUUUCUGCAAACUUGACAUUUCUCUCUGACACUUGGAAAUUUGAUACUAUGCAUUCUCGAUGGAGCAAGUUCUGUGAGGGGCCAAGCGAGUCGCCUAAAUUAGCAGGGCACACCCUAACUUUGCGACCUGUUCCAGCAGCAGGACCAUCAGAAGCGAUGGGAGGGGAUUCAUUCACUAUUGUCAUGAUUGGAGGUUUCAAUCCCGAAGAUGGAUUUUCUGACAAAGUGUAUGGCAUUGGGCCACGAGAGUGUUGGUCAGAAGUUGAAACAACAGGGUCAAAUCCUUUAGGGGUAUAUGGUCAUACAACUGUUUAUCAUAGAAAAACUGAUGCUUUUUACGUUUUUGGGGGAACUCUGCACCACGACACUAUUGGAAUGCAGCAUGGAUCAAUUUCAACAAGCUCAAAAUUAUAUUGUCUACACUGGCAGUCUAAAAAAUGGUCAGUGUUGGCACCCAUGGAAGAAAAUCAAUUUGGACCCUAUCCAACCCCAAGAUUCUUACACUCCGCUGUUAGUACGGAUGAUUAUAUGGUUGUCCUAGGGGGAAUUGGAAGCUUUAACAAGGAGAAGACGCAUACUGCCUUGGUCUAUGUGUAUCAAUGUAACCUGUGGCUUCUUGUCGGCUCCGAAGAAACUACUUUAAAUUCUAUUCCAGAAUCUUCCUCCGAUACAGAAGAGACCCUGUUUUUCACUCCGAAAACCCCAGACACUUCUCGAUAUGCGAGUGGCACUACGGUGUGGAAAAAUGAUAUAUUUCAAAUGGGCGGCUGGAAGGAUGGGACCACGUCCGAGUCGCUGUUUCAGAUUACAACUCCAACAGAUCCAUGUUCUUUGCAAAAGACCAAAUCCAGAUGCAAGGCAACAUUGGGAUGCGCAUUUUGCUCAUCAAAUAAUAAUCGCUCCCAACAAUGCUACGAUGCUGAGCUAGACAUGCCGUCUGCGUGUUCUUUUGGAGCAUCCAAUAUCGAAUUUUGGAAAGGAAUCACGUGUACGUCUACCUGGAUGAUACAACAAGGCUGUGGUCGUUUUAAUUCUUGCACGGAAUGUUUGGCAACGUGGCCUAGUCAUCCUAACAUAUCUCAAAGCUGUCAAUGGUGUACGAACGGAAAGGAAGGGAGAUGUAUCCCUCUGAGGAAAAAGUUUGAGGAGGACAGUCCUUGUGGUCAAAAACAAUGGGUAAUUACCGAUUCGUCCCAAUGUCCAGAACGAUUAUGCUCUGCGCCUCAAUGCGAAAAGUGUACCGCCAACACGUCUGGGAAGUGCAUUUGGACACGACACGUUUUACGAGCGAGGGAGAGAGGUUGGGAAUUUCGCCUUCAACCGGUGUACGACUGGAAUUGCGUAAGACAUGUUUCAAGUUUGGACACAUCACCAAAUGUUCCCGUGGUAUCCUCGCCACCCGCCUCAUGCCCAAUCCCGUGUUGGCAUUUUGAUUCUUGUCAAGAGUGCCUGGAGUCCCUAGGUUCUGAAGGCGGGUUUCAUCAAUGUUACUGGAGUGUUAGUCAGCAUCGAUGCAUAUCCCCAGCAUAUUCGCCACUGCUCUGCUUUGGAGGAAUUUGUGGACCUAUCCUUAAAGGAUCGCCAAGUAUUUGCCCCAAAGCAUGCACGACUCUUCGGUCAUGCAACUCAUGUUUGGAGAAUCCCUCAUGCGGAUGGUGCGCAAUUGAAGGGGAGAAUGGGGAAGGUGUAUGUCUUUCCACAAAUGCCGUGUCCGAGUCCAGCCAAUGUUCAAAUCAUUCAAAAUGGCAUUAUUUGAAAUGCGCUCCUGAGAACGAAUGUACCAACGGCCAUCAUGGAUGUGAUUCAAAAUCUGAACAGUGUAUCGAUCUUGAAGAAGGUUACCGCUGUCAAUGUAAAAGUGGAUUCGAGAGAUCCGACACUUCGUGUAUCCCCAUUUGCUCAGACGGAUGUGUGCAUGGACAUUGCAUCGAACCACAGAUUUGCGAGUGCAAUUUUGGUUACGUUGGUUCGAAUUGUUCUGCACAAUGUGACUGCCAUGGCCAUUCAAAUUGUGCUGGGGUUGAGGAAUUGGACGUAUGCUUGGAAUGCAAAAAUAAUACGAUGGGACCUAAAUGUUCUCAAUGUAAACCGAUGUUUGUGGGGGAUCCUAGGAAUAAUGGGGCUUGUAUUGCCUGUUCUGAUUAUUGUAAUGGCCAUUCUGGGAUAUGUCUGUCUCAUGGAGAUUACAACAAAUGGUGCAACGGCACCAACAAUAAAUAUCUUAGCUCUUCUCAGCUCAUGUCGAAAAUAUUAUCAAGUGGGCUCCAAAUCGGUCCCUCAACAACCGCAUUUUGCUGUCAUUGUGAAAAUCAAACAAGUGGUGACACGUGCAAUGAUUGUAUAUCAGGGUUCUUCAGGGGAUAUGAUGAUAAGAGAUUGCCGUGUCGAAAAUGUGAAUGCCACGGACAUGGUGACACGUGCGAUCAAGUUACUGGACAUGAUUGUAAUUGCGAUAAUAAUACGGAAAGCGAUUCUACAGCAAGCUGUCAUAACACAUUGAAACAGAAUCUUCAUCAUCAAUGUUGGACACGUCAGUGCUCAAAAUGUCGUGAGUCAUAUCUUGGAACACCAACAAACGGUCAUCAGUGCUACAUGCAAAUGCAAAUGGAAGAAUUUUAUUGCUUUGAUCCAAAAUCACAUGAUCAAUCUUGCGCCAUGAAACAAAAACAUGCCUUGUUGUCUGGCAGAACCGUCUUCUUUGCAGUUCAACCUAAGUUUAUGAAUGUGAACAUUCGCAUUACUUUGGAUGUAACUCAUGGUUCAAUCAAUGUUUAUUUGAGUCCUAAAGACGACACGUUCGUAAUUAAGCAAGAAAACUGGGUUCACAGAGUCGAUUUCGAUACCAAAUAUGGACUAACUGGUGAUAGGAAGGACAGUAUUUUUGGAAAAUCAACGUCUUUCUCUAUGGAUAAUCAUAAUAACAAAGUUGAUAUUGAUUAUGAAAUUUCCAACAAAACUGACGAUGUGGAGGACUCUGGAGUAAACCGUAUUAUUCAUAAGCCCUCUGGAGUCAAUUCCAAUUCUGCUUAUAGAUUUGUAGAACAAGAGGCAGCCGGAUACGCAACAUACUAUACAGUACAGGACCCAAAAGCCGUUUUACGUGUAAGGAACUUGAGAAAUAGACUUGUAGUGACACUGCCACAGGAAAGCCAUGACUUGAGACUGACUCGUUUUUAUCUAGUUUUGGAAGGGAUUGGGGAUGUUUCAUUCGGCUCAAUUGUCUUUAGGCAGGAUCAGCUGCAUAUAGACUUGUUCAUAUUUUUUAGCGUGUUCUUCGCAGCGUUCUUUCUAUUUUUGGCUUCAUGUGGAAUAGCUUGGAAAGUGAAACAAAAUAUGGAAUCGCGCCGUGCGCGAAAUCUUCAUCUGACCGAGAUGUUAACAAUGGCGAAGCGCCCAUUUGCAGUGAGCACAGUAUUAUUACAACCUGACCCUUCGAGUGGCAUCGCAGCUGCGUACACACAGUGCAGAAAAUCUUGUAGAAAAGGGUGCAUUUGCCUUCGCCCUUUGAGCGUAGAGUGGUUGGCAGGAACAAACAAUUCUAAUGCUGUAUGUACCAUGUUAAUUGGUAUGCCUGGCGGAAAUAACGCUCCUGUCAGAAUGUGUAUUGGAUCAGUAUUGGCCAAUUUACAAAGAUCAAAUCCUCCUUAUCACUCCAGAAGACGAAGACUUCAACAUUGACAUGCAUAGUAUAAAUACUUCAGUAGAACUAAUUUUCAAAUAACUUACAUAUGUGGUACUUGACUGACUGAUUUUGUUUGCCAUAUUUAUUAACCGAUAUUUAUCUAUUACCUUUACCAGAAAGUAUUACACUCAAACUUUGUACGCUAUUUUAGGAUUCGUUUUUAGGCCUUUUAAGAUGGCCUUAUAGAUUUACCCAGAUGUCUGUCUGUCCGUCCGUCUGUGCGUCCGUCUGUGCGCACGAUAACUCUCUUUAAACCAAAGCUAUCGAGUUGAAAUAUUGCAUGCUUUAUCUUCGGGUAAAAAGUAAGGAUGAGUUCGGAGAUGGGCAUAAUCGGUCAAGUGGUUGGCCGGUGGGGGUCAUUUCCACCCAAAUGUGUUGCCAUUAACUACCAAGAUGGCAUUAAUGCCAUCUUAAAAGGCCCCGCAAAGUUGCUUGGAGUAAGUCUUUUUUAGUAAUUUUAUUGUACGAGGUUAUAAGUAAUAACCCUUGCACGUUUUGUCCAUACCAUGUAUUCAAUGAUUAUGUUCCACGAAGUAUGUAUAUGUAAGCACUUUCGAUGGACCGAAUAAACAAUUUUUGUAACGCUAA